UCAAUUUGCGGCUAUGAGCGAAAAAAUACAAUGUCCAUGGUAGGUGUGAAUUGUGAUCCUAAACCCAAUGGUAUACAAUAUUUGAAACAUCUUUUUUUAAUUUUAAUAAUAACAAAAACUAAAUAAUAUUAUAGCAAUAAAAAAGUUUAUAAUAGUUUCGACUUACGUUCUUCAUAGUAGCAGGAACCAGCAAAAAAAAAGGUUAAAAUGACUUCUAAACCAAGAAAACAAAGCCUAUUUGCCCAAAAAAUGCAAAAACAAAGAGAAAAACAGGACAACGAUAAAACGUUUGAAAAUGAACUGAGUGAAGAGACGUUUGGACCUGCUAGUAAUAUACUAACUGGUCCUGAAGCCAAUGAUAUACAUACGGAAAAUGUUCUAAAACUCACUAGUAUGACUGUUGAAGAAAUAAUUAAAGAAAAAAAAGAAUUGCUUAGUAUGCUGGAUGGUAACAUUGUUGAAUUUUUGAAAACUAAACACAAAAAUAUAUCUAAUAGUGGAACGUAUGAUUUGAAACAUAAAGAUAACAACCGAGUACAGUUAAUCAAAAAAUCUGAACAAGAUAAAAACAAGAUACCACCACAAAUUAAUGAUUUGAUUAAUAGUGGGUUGAAUAUGGAUGUAAUUGAAGAUGAAAAACUUAAUUGGAUCGGUGAUGUUGAAAUGAACCACAAAACUCAAGAUAUUUAUACUGCGCGUUUUGGUCUUGACGGCAAGCUGUUACCUUACGUUAUAGAAAAUAAAACUACAGUCAAUGGUUUGCAUCAUCAUGGUGAAGAACAACAUCGUCCAGGUUAUACAAUCAAUGAACUCUAUUCAUUCCUUCGAACCAAUCACGUACCCCAAAGAAUUCUCGCAUUAGAUGUUUUAUCAAAACUCAUUGAUUGCUCUUCUAUAUAUGAUGAAGUAUUAAACGAACCGCUCAUUUGUUCACUUAUGGAUUCUGGAGUGUUUAUACUUCUGAGAAUGGCUUUGGAUGACACCAACAUAGCAGUUAUUACCAACACUCUAAAAGCUAUGGGAAACUUAUUUGCUAGGAAGAUCGAUAGGCAAAUCUUAUUGGGAUUGUCUGGAUGUUACUGUGAUAUUGCAUUGCCAGUUUACGUGGUCCCAGAUGCCGAAAUGGAUCAAAAAGAGCUAGAUAAAUCAUCAGACUAUGAUCUAGUGAUUUUAGACUUGGUUCUAGGAGCCCUGCGGACCGACUUGAUAUUACGUUUACAGUACAUUGUCGGCAAUAUAAACAUUGGUCUGGGCAGUCUUUUAGACAUUUGUAACAUUUUGACUGGCAUUGCAUUUAGGGGUGAAAAGUAUGCACUAAUAAUUAUUGAUACACAAUUGUUUAGACACUUGUGUAAAUUAGUAUUCACAAAUGUACAAAGUAAUACACUGUCAGAGUCUGUUGUGACUCUUACCAGAGUCAUUAGUAGUCAAUCGCUUAAAUGCAGUUUGAAAAUACUUGAAAUGAAAAUACUUGAUUCUAUAUUUAAGUAUAUAAGUCUACCAGAGAAAACGCCACUGCUCCUAGAGUGUAUAUAUUUAUGGCAAACAUUUUUUGAACAUAAUUUAGCCAGUCAAACAAUUGCAGAAUUGGCUAAUCUGGUAUUAAAGUUCGUCGACCGUUCAAUUGGGCUUAGUUCAGAUUUAACAAAAACCGAUUUAAAUUUAAUGUCUGCAAGUUUAAGCUUAAUCGAUUCGGCGUUAAGACAUUUCGGCGAAAUCUAUAUCGAUCCUGUGUAUCAAUUAGCCGAAAUGAUUUUAGCCAAACUGCUGGGAAGUUCAGAUCUUCCAAACUUUGAAACUUCAAAACUUAUUGGCAACUGUUUUUCAGUUCUUAGUUCCCAAAAUGUAAAAUUUGACUGUAUCACUCCAAAAGUAAUAACUUAUUUAAAUAAGAAUUUUGGAAGAGUUUGUGAAAUACUCUAUGAAAAAUCGUGGUUAAAAAGCAAUUAUACAAAUAACAGUCCGAAAUGCUAUCCAAAUCUUGGAUUUAUUACUUUUUCUCUCAAUGGUGGAGACCCUUUGUUCAUGUUAAAUGGAAUGAUGAAAUUCUUAAGUAAAACUUCUCAACCUUUUGAGAUUCCUACAAAGUUUUGGACGUACAUAGAAAGUCUAAUGAAAUCUCCUGUUGAAGUAUCGCAUUGGUAUGCCAGAUAUGAAACAAUAUUUUUAAUAAGUACACUUAAAGCAUUUGUUAAUAAUAAUUCAGGAUUGGACGUAAUCCAUAAAACUGCUAUUGCACUUUUAUCAUUUGUACCUAAACAUUUGUCGAACGAGUUGCAUAGCCUUUUGGAGUUAUAUUUUAGUGACGAAUAUGUGAAGCAUAUAAACCACAUGAGCGACUUUACUAUUUUGAAAUCAUUCUAUCAAUUAUUGAUACCUAAUCCAAAAAGUAAAGUUACUAACAUACUAAUAACAGAACUUAACCCGAUACUGCCAAAAGAUUGGUUGUUUAUGCCAAUUCUGAAAGUACACGAAACGAUCAAUUUUAAAAGUUCAAAAGAAGGGGAAUCUCUGAUUAAAGAAGCGUUGGCAAAUGUACUGUUCAUGGAAAUACAUUAUCCCGACAUCUGUGCACAAACGCCGUUAUCGGCGCGAUAUUGUCGUGUAGCUUGUACGUUUAUGUGUGGCCGCCGGGGAACGGUAUUCCACGAAGUCAAACCUGUGUUAAAUCAAAUUUGGCAUCUUUACGCACAACACAACAACAUAUUAAAUUUCAAAGAUCCUAUUCCUGGAAUCGAAUCGUUCUAUGAAUUUUACAAAACGCUGUGCGAACAUUAUGUUGGCGUUUCGUAUUCAGAUCCAGUGUUUGGCGCGUACAUACUCUUACCUUUGCAAAGAAAACACAGUGUCGAACUACGGAAACUUGUAUGGUCAGAAGUAGAUUUGGCGGAAACAAUCAACGUAGACCAAGAACAUUUGGAUAGAGUACCGUUAUCCGAAUAUGUACAUCCAAUAGAAACGAAUAAAGAACUUUUAAAGAUGUACACUAAAGCUAAGGGCUUUAGAAGGCCAUUGGUCAUGUAUCAUAUAGCUGUAUCACAUUUAAAACGAGUUGCAACUUAAUUCUUUUUUUUAAUAUUAUUAUAUGUUAUAUUAAUGUUUUUUGUUAUUUUAUUUU